GUGGAGAUGAGAUUGAGAAUGGAAGAUGAAAGAUUGUAGUAAUUGUUUAUUACAGAGUUUAACAGAGGAAGAGGUGUAAGAAUGAAUGUUUGUCAAAAAAGGACUAACAAAUUGGCCCUUCUUUUGCUCAUUGCAGGUUUCUGGUGAAGAAUGGAUUUUUUCGUUCUUAGAAGUAAGAGUAAGGUCUGCGGACAGUCCAGACUGAACGGAAACGAGCUACGAUUUCACUGGAUGUCUGUUGAGCUUGGUUUUAGAUGAUUUCAUGGGGUACUGAAAUCUUUUUACCACCAACUUGGUGUUGUUUGUGUAUUAUUGCCUUUUUGUGGGAGGGCUUUUAGUGGAGCCAAAAUGUUUCAUUGAUCCGGUGAAUCAUUUGCAAUAUACUAGUACUAUUAUUGUCCUCUACAUUACUGUGACAAAGACCAAGACUCACCAAGUCUUAGAACCACUUCUUAAAGCAGAAACAACUGGGAUGACUCUUCUGGUAUUAAAGGCUGAUGAGAUUUCUUGACAGUACAUUAAUUAAGUCUAUAAUACGAAUGAUACUAGCAUACAUCUAGCGGAAAAAAGUGUUGGACGUGAAAAACCCUAGGAGGGGGCAAUUUUCUGUUGAAUGAUACUGUAGCACCUCUUGUAUGUACAUCAAAAACUUAGGGUUAAGCUGUCCAAAACUUUUUUCCGUUGCUGACAUAUGUAUGUCAGGGACCCAGACCUCCCGGACCCUUAGUAGUUUAUGUUUUUGGUUAGAAAUUAUAAAUUAACAGCUGUAAUUUCCAUUUACUAUAGUAAGAUACUUAUACAAGGACUAUACAUCAAGGUUAUGCAUAAUGCUGGUACAAGCCGUUGCGGAUCCAGAAUCGAAAAUAAACAGCUCAACUCUACUUAAUUUGCAUUAACGACAAGAUACAGGGCAAUUCGCGAGCAGCAGCAAAAUUUAUACUACUUCAAUCACUACAGGUGGAAGAUAUGGAACUGUUGUAUAUUCCAUCCUUGUUAUUUUUUUUCUGUAUUACACUGGAUAUAAAAAAAAGUGGUGGCAGCCAGUUCUAUUGAUGUCCAAAAUGGGAUGUUUGUUAGAACUACAUUACUGCUAAAUAUUCCCAACCUUUUUUUCUCUGUUACAUCCAAGAUUUGCAGUCCUGUUCUGGCCCCCCUUAACUAAAUCUUUUCACAUUUUCCCUGGAAGCACAUGAAUCACUGUAAUAUACUGAAUUGCAUUGAAAUAGCUAUAAGGGAGGAAAGACAUUUCAAAACCUGCAAUAACAAUGGAGACUCCUGUUAUCAGCUUCCCAGAUGUCUACCAGUGUCACAAAGUAAAUCUGAAUAUUAAAUCAGCUUUGCAACCCUGUCUGCGCAUAGUGCAUCUUUGAACACUCCUCAUUUAUCCAACAAAUGAACAAUACCAGUAUAAUGGCUGCAUGUAAUGCUACUCAUAUUCUUAGUAUUUUCCUUAUUAUAUCAGUCCUGCAUGAGUAACAGAUGGUACAUGUAAUAGGUUUCAUUUUGUUAGUUUUUUAAAUCAGUUAUUUACUUGUUUAAAAAGUUCAUUUUCAGCUUUUUAGAAAGUUAUUUAAAAGAACAUAAUUUUUUCAUAUAAUUAGUCACAACUCUUGGUCUCCAGUACAGAAUAAGUGCAUACACUGAAUAUUAAAACUGGGGAGUGUAUUGAUUCUUGGUAUUUCCAAACGUGCUUUUAAAUGAGCUUCAUUCUUCAUAUUCCAGGAGAAAACAGUUCUGGAAAUGAAGAGUUCUGUAUCUGAACAGUUUUAGUAGUCAAGAGUCAGGCAUGCUAAUUGCUACAUGAAUAAAUCCACUAUAUAUAUGACUCUGGAGUAACAUAAUGUGACAAGCCAAAAUGGGUAAUUACAUAAAUCAAGAAAAUUCUAGUGAGGUAUCUGGGGUUGGUGCAUCUCUUGUGUCAUCGUAUAAUGAUAGGAUUCGACCGCUCUUAGAUGCCAUUGAUAAGCUUCGAGAUCUUAAUGUUAUGCAAGAAGGGAUUCAGCUCCCUACUAUUGUUGUUGUUGGUGACCAGUCUUCUGGCAAGUCCAGUGUCCUGGAAUCUCUUGCUGGUAUCAGCUUGCCUCGAGGCGAUGGCAUUUGUACAAGGGUCCCUCUUGUUAUCAGGCUGCAGAAUUAUGCACUAUCUGAAACACAGCUUCAGUUGGAGUAUCUCACAAAAGUAGUUCCUACAGAUGAAUCAAAUGUAGCGAAAGAGAUUAGCUCAGCCACUGAUGAGAUUGCGGGUAGUGGAAAAGGGAUAUCGCAUACCCCUUUGACACUUGUGGUAAAGAAAAAUGGUGUCCCUGACCUUACUAUGAUCGAUUUGCCUGGGAUUACUAGAGUUCCAGUGCAUGGGCAGCCUGAGGAUAUCUAUGAGCAAAUUUCAGGCAUCAUAAUGGAGUUUAUUAAGCCACAAGAAAGUAUAAUACUUAAUGUUCUUUCUGCAACUGUAGAUUUCCCUACGUGUGAAUCUAUCCGAAUGUCUCAACUUGUGGACAAAACAGGAGAAAGAACCUUGGCAGUUGUUACCAAAUCAGACAAAGCUCCUGAUGGAUUGCAUGCCAAGGUGAUGGAGGAUGAUGUUAAGAUAGGUCUGGGCUAUGUAUGUGUGAGGAAUCGAAUUGGUGACGAGUCUUAUGAAGAAGCAAGAAUGAAAGAAACUAAGCUUUUUAAAGCUCAUCCACUACUCAAAAAAAUUGACAAGUCAAUGGUUGGUGUUCCUGUUUUGGCGAAAAAGCUUGUCCAGAUUCAAGCUAAUAUCAUAUCUAAAUGCUUGCCUGAUAUUGUAAAGAAAAUCAACAUGAAGCUGAAUGCAAAUGUUUCUGAGCUCAACAGUCUUCCGCAAAAAGUGUCUACUGUUCCAGAAGCAAUAGCUACUUUCAUGAGGAUUGUGGGAUUGUCUAGAGAGUCCUUGAAAGACCUUUUUGUGAGAGGUGAGUUUGGUGAAUACCCUGAUGAUAAGAAUAUGCAUUGUUCUGCUCGUUUAGCUGAAUUUCUUGACAAGUUCUUGGAAGAAAUAAAAGUUAGUUCUGUCAAUAACUCUUCAGAGAAGUUUCUCAUUGAUGAAAUUAAGGAGCUACAGGAGGCUAAAGCGAUUGCCCUGCCUAAUUUCCUUCCUCGUUCAUCGUUUCAUGCUUUGGUACAGCUCAAGAUUAAAGCAAUUUCAGAAAUGCCUUCCAACUUUAUUGCUAAAGUAUGGGACUAUGUUGAAACUGUGGUAAUUGCGAUCCUGGCGCGUCAUUGUGAGAAAUAUCCACAAUUUCAGUCUCGUAUGACCAGAGCAGCCCACAAUUUGAUAUCAAGUGUCAAAGAGAAGUCGACUGAACGAGUUUCAGGGAUUGUGGAAAUGGAGAAGACUGUUGAGUAUACAUGUGACCCUGAGUAUCUGGUGGAGUGGAAAAAGCUUCUCGCUAGUAGUAUUAAUUUUAAUCAGACUUCUGCGGUGAUUAAUCUUGGAUAUUUUGGGAACAUUGAUGUUAGUCAUCUGAGGAGUUAUCCUAAUGGUAUAAGAAAUGAUGCUUUUGACCUGAAGUGUAGAAUGACUGCUUACUGGAAUAUUGUUCUCAAAAGGAUGGUUGAUUGCAUUGCUCUUCAACUGAUGCUGGCUAUACGGAGAUUUGUGAAUUGUGACUUGGAAAUGGAAAUCGUGAAUGAGUUUAUGCAGACAAAAGAGGGUGGCAUUGAGCGUAUGCUGAUUGAAGUGCCGUCUAUUGCUAUGAAGAGGGAAAGGUUGAACAGAAGUAUUAGUGUACUCAAGGAAUCAAGGGUGGUUCUCGCUAAGAUCAUUGAUAAUAUUGCUCUGGCUGAUGAUUAGUUCAAGCAAUCAAGUUUCUAAUUGCAAGUUUGUAAGCUCUUUAUAACUAUGGUUUGGUAAUGAUAUGCUAUUAUAUUA